AGAACCAGUAGCGCCGGGGAACCGGAAGUACAGUCUGUAAACAGUGCGCAAGACUCCCUAUGUAAACUAAAAACGAUGUUUAAGAACACAUUCCAAAGCGGAUUUUUAUCCAUUUUAUACAGCAUUGGCAGCAAACCGCUUCAAAUAUGGGACAAGAAGGUGAGAAAUGGACAAAUCAAGAGAGUUACAGAUAAUGACAUACACUCCAUUGUGUUGGAACUCGAGGGAGCAAACGUCAGCACCACCUAUAUAACAUGUCCUGCAGACCCCAAGAAGACCCUCGGCAUUAGACUUCCAUUUUUGGUCAUGAUCAUCAAGAACCUUAAGAAGUACUUCACAUUUGAAGUCCAGGUGUUGGAUGAUAAAAACGUUCGGCGACGGUUUCGUGCGAGUAACUAUCAGAGCACGACUCGAGUGAAGCCGUUCAUCUGCACCAUGCCGAUGAGGCUGGACGACGGCUGGAACCAGAUUCAGUUUAACCUGUCGGACUUCACCAGGAGGGCCUACGGGACCAACUACACCGAGACGCUGCGAGUACAGAUUCAUGCAAACUGUCGAAUCAGAAGGGUGUAUUUCUCAGACAGGCUGUACUCUGAAGAUGAGCUACCAGCUGAGUUUAAACUCUAUUUACCCGUCCAGAACCAGAAGACAAAGCAGUAGAGCUUCUUGAGCUGCGCCGCUCCCCAGACGUGACGUGAAGUUUAUCUUUUGGAUUAAUGUGUAGAUAGUAACUGAUUGUGAUUGUAAAAUAGGGUUUUGAGGGACACUUUGUGUUGUUUCCUGCACAAUAAAGGCUUUUAAAGAUUUAUUUCUUGUAAAAUUUUUCAUUUUAUUGA